AGUCAUAGAAACUAAUAGAAGCGCAAUUCAACAAGUCAUCAGCAUGUCGAGCGAUGGAGUGAAAACCUUUACGCGAGCUGAGGUCGCCAAACACAACACCAACAAGGACACAUGGCUGUUAAUCCAUAACAAUAUCUACGAUGUCACAGCAUUUCUAAAUGAGCAUCCCGGCGGUGAGGAGGUUCUGAUCGAGCAGGCCGGCAAAGAUGCUACCGAGAAUUUCGAAGAUGUGGGCCAUAGCAACGAUGCGCGCGAUAUGAUGAAGAAGUACAAAAUUGGCGAGCUGGUGGAGAGCGAACGCACCAGUGUGGCGCAAAAGUCUGAGCCCACCUGGAGCUCGGACACACAAAACGAAGAGAGCUCAAUGAAGUCUUGGCUAUUGCCGUUGGUGCUCUGUCUGGUGGCCACGCUCUUUUACAAAUUCUUCUUUGGCGGUGCCAAGCAACAGUGAGCAGACCAAAGAUUGCCAGAGAGUCACAGAGAAAGUCUCCAAUGCUAAGCACACACACGCAUACACACACACACACACACACACACAUAUACAAUUGCAUUCCAUAUGCAUGCCUUUUUACAAAAUAAUACCUUAUCUUGGGUGUUGUGUUGUUGCAUUAGAGACUUUCUUUUUAGGUGGAGCGUAAGCAUUUGUGCUAGGUUUAAAGUUAAAUUGGAGAACAUUUGUUUAAUUGUAACAAUUGCUGUAGUUAAAUGGGCUGGAGCUAAUUUCUUAUCGCUAUACAUUAUUGUUUAAAUUUGCUACAUAAAAGAGAACAGUUACAUUUACACGUAUGUAUUUAAAAAUAUAUGUAUAUCGUU